GUCCUAAGCGGAGACCCAACGCCAUCCAUAAUUAAGUUCUUCCUGAGGGCGGGCGGCCAGGUGCGCCUUCGGCAGGACAGUGCUAAUUCCAGCCCCUUUCCAGGCGCGUCUCCCCUGCACUCGUCCCCAGUCUGGAAGCCCCCCUCCCACGCCCCGCGGCCCCCCCUUCCCCGUGCCCGGGGAGCUGCUCGUUGUGCUGCCGGGAAGGUCAAGGUCCCGCGCCCACCAGGAGAGCUCGGCAAGUAUAUAAGGACAGAGGAGCGCGGGACCAAGCGGCGGCGAAGGAGGGGAAGAAGAGCAGCGACCGAGAGAGGCCGCCGAGCGUCCCCGCCCUCAGAGAGCAGCCUCCCGAGACAGGCACUUUCUGGAUUCUCCAAAAGUAUCUGCAGUGGCUGUUCCACCAGGAGAGCCUCAGCCUGCCUGGAAGAUGCCGAGAUCGUGCUGCAGCCGCUCGGGGGCCCUGUUGCUGGUCUUGCUGCUUCAGGCCUCCAUGGAAGUGCGUGGCUGGUGCCUGGAGAGCAGCCAGUGUCAGGACCUCACCACGGAAAGCAACCUGCUGGAGUGCAUCCGGGCCUGCAAGCCCGACCUCUCGGCCGAGAUUCCGGUGUUCCCGGGCAAUGGCGACGAGCAGCCUCUGACCGAGAACCCCCGGAAGUACGUCAUGGGCCACUUCCGCUGGGACCGAUUCGGCCGCCGCAACAGCAGCAGCGGCAGCGGCAGCGGCGCAGGGCAGAAGCGCGAGGACGUUGCAGCGGGCGAAGACCGCGGCCGGCUGCCUGAGGGCGGCCCAGAGUCCCGCAGCUAUGGCGCUGAGCCGGGCCCGCGCGAGGGCAAGCGCUCCUACUCCAUGGAGCACUUCCGCUGGGGCAAGCCGGUGGGCAAGAAGCGGCGCCCGGUGAAGGUGUACCCCAACGGCGCCGAGGACGAGUCGGCCGAGGCCUUCCCCCUGGAGUUCAAGAGGGAGCUGACCGGCCAGCGGCCCCGGGAGGGAGAUGGCCCCGACGGCCCUGCCGAUGACGGCGCCGGGGCUCGGGCCGACCUGGAGCACAGCCUACUGGUGGCGGCCGAGAAGAAGGACGAGGGCCCCUACAGGAUGGAGCACUUCCGCUGGGGCAGCCCGCCCAAGGACAAGCGCUACGGCGGUUUCAUGACCUCCGAGAAGAGUCAGACGCCCCUGGUGACGCUGUUCAAAAACGCCAUAAUCAAGAACGCCUACAAGAAGGGCGAGUGAGGGCACAGCGGGGCCCCGGGGCUACCCUCCCCCAGGAGGUCGAUCCCAAAGCUCCUUGCUCUCCCCUGCCCUGCUGCCGCCUCCCAGCCUGGGGGUGGUGGCCGUGGCAGAUAAUCAGCCUCUUAAAGCUGCCUGUAGUUAGGAAAUAAAACCUUUGAAAUUUCACAUCCA